AUGAACAGUGAACAGAAACAAAUAAGAAACAAUUAUCUCUUUAUGAAGAAAUGUGUUGAAAGUAAUCCAGUGGUACCUAUUCAGCAGGAGUGGUUAGUCUCCAUGCUCACAUUGGUACCUCAAGCUCUCAUGGAAGGCAAGAAUAGAGAGAAACUGGUCGAAGAGCUCUUAAGUGAGGUAACAAAUGAUUAUGAAAUGAGUAUGAAGAGAUACAUGGUGCGAAGUGUUCUUGUCAAGCCUGAAGUAAAAUUGCUUGAAUAUGAGAAAGAAGGACCUUUGCCAGUUGAACCUGUAGGAUUAGACUUUUCUAGGCCAUGGCAUAAAAGUUUUAUACAAGCAAGAAAACAGAUUCUUGAAAAUUUACAUAUUCUCCAUCCAACUUUAAGAAUUUUACUCGAAAUCGGUUACAAAACAUUUUCCAAGUUACUUAUAGUAGACAUAUCUGGUUUCAGGUCAAAAGGCCCACUAGACUGUGAAUCCCUUCAAAAUGAUGUGUCUAUAAAUUGCUUAAAAACAGAAGAAAAGAUACUAAACACGUGGUACCCAAGGGUUAUCAAUCUGUUUACCAGAAAAGAAGCACUGGACGGUGUGAAAGCUGAUCAAGUUGAUUCUUUCUAUAACUGUGUGGCUACUCUUAUGUCUAAUCAGCUGAAGGAGUUAUUGAAAAGAACUGUUGAGGCUUAUGUGCAGUUGUUUAACUUAGAAGAUCAAAGAUGGCUGCCUUUGUUCAAGAUGGAAUUGACUUUUGAUGAUGAGAAAAUGGACUUCUACCCUAGUUUUAAUGAUCUGGAAGAUGCCAUCUUAUGUAUUAUUACUUUGAUUGCACAAACUUUGCAGAAUGUCCAGACAAUACAUUCAUGGCUGGGAGGUACAAACAUAGUAACAACUAUUGACACUGAACUUCCUGAUCAUGUUAUAGCAUGGGCUUCAUCUGUAUUGAAGAGAGCAGUUAAUGAGAACUUGAAAGAUGCAAAAGCACAUUUUGAUUCUUAUGUGGAAAAGUAUGGCUGGCUUGUAGAUGGUGCUGCAGAUGACCGUAUAAAAACAUUUAUAGCUGAGGAACACAGUUUUGAUGAAUAUGCAGAGCUUGUAGAUGAAUUUUUAAAUCUUUCAACGGAAAUAAUGAGCUUACCAAUGAUAGCUCACUUCCCUAUGGUGCGUUUAGACUGUGAUGACUUGAAGCAAGGGUUAGCUGAAAAAGCAAAAAGCUUUGCAUAUAAAUUAUUGGAUUUAUUAGUUUACAAUCACAGAGAAGAAAAUCAAACGAUAUGCAAUGAAUUUGAAGCCAUUAAAGAACGUGCAUUAAAAGUUCCUGAGACAACAGAAGAAAUGAUGGAAAGUAUAGCUUUUAUAGACAAAGCUAAAACCACAGGUAUCCAGAAGUUGUAUGAAAGGAUUAAGGAAUGCAAGCGACGAAUGAAUUAUCUUCUGGAUGUUUAUUUAUUUGAACCAGAAGAUUUGACACUGAAUGCUACUGUUCUGCUGUGGCCUCAAAACAUUAAUCCUAUCUUUGAUGAAAAUGAUGAAAUUAUAGAAAGGUCUAAACGGAAGGGUGAAAGUGAAUUAUUAGCCAAACGUGAGAAAUUGAUAAUGGAGGUAGAAAGGCAGAUUCGUCGUAUGCAUGAAUUCACAGAAUACUCCGAUUUGGACCGCAUGCACCAGUAUGUGACUGACAUGAGAACGUUGCAGAAACGCAUACAAGAUGCUGAUGAAACAGUUACUUUUAUUAAUAAAGAAGAGAAGCUUUUAAAUUGGGAGCUGACUGAAUAUCCAGAUUUGGAGACCUUGAAAGUUAGCAUUGAGCCAUAUCAGAAACUUUUUGUUUUUAUACUGAAGUGGCAGCGGACUGAAAAACGAUGGAUGGAUGGUGCUUUUUUAGAUCUCAAUGGAGAAAGGAUGGAAGGUGAAGUAGAUGAAUUUUUUCGAGAAAUUUAUAAGACAUUAAGAUUUUUUCAACAAAAGCUAAAGAAAGCUGAAAUAGAAAGAAAAAAGUCAUUACGAAGAGCAGUAGUUGAAGAAAGAGUAGAGGAAAAAAAGAAGGACACCCCAACUAUUUCAAUGUGUAGUGCAGUAAUGCAGCAGAUUAAAGAUUUCAAAGAAAAUAUCCCCUUGGUGACUACCCUUUGUAAUCCAGGUAUAAAAGCUCGUCAUUGGAAACAGAUGUCAGAAAUUGUUGGAUAUGAUUUAACUCCAGAUUCAGGAACUACCUUAAGAAAAGUGUUAAAGCAGAAUCUAACCCCUUACUUAGAGCAAUUUGAAACCAUAAGUAUGGGAGCAAGUAAGGAAUUUUCACUAGAAAAAGCAAUGCAUACUAUGAUGGAGAUCUGGGAUUCAAUUUCCUUCCAAACUAGCUUAUAUCGUGAAACUGGAGUUAACAUUCUGUCUGCUGUUGAUGAAAUCCAGACAAUUCUAGAUGAUCAGAUUGUAAAAACACAAACAAUGAGGGGAUCACCCUUCAUCAAGCCAUUUGAAAAACAAAUGAAGGAAUGGGAAGAACGCUUAAUCAGAAUUCAAGAGACCAUUGAUGAGUGGCUGAAAGUGCAAGCUCAGUGGCUUUACUUAGAACCAAUCUUUUCUUCAGAAGACAUUAUGCAACAGAUGCCAGAGGAAGGGCGCCAGUUCCAGACUGUGGAUAGAUAUUGGAAAGAUAUUAUGAAAUACUGUGCCAAAGAUCCCAAGGUUCUUGCUGCCACUUCAUUAACAGGGUUGUUGGAAAAACUUCAGAAUUGUAAUGAUCUUCUAGACAAAAUCAUGAAAGGAUUGAAUGCGUAUCUUGAGAAGAAGCGUCUUUUCUUUCCCCGCUUUUUUUUCUUGUCUAAUGAUGAAAUGUUGGAGAUCCUGUCAGAGACUAAAGACCCUCUCCGUGUCCAGCCUCACCUGAAAAAGUGUUUUGAAGGCAUUGCUAAACUUGAAUUUCGCCCAAAUCUGGAUAUUAAGGCAAUGUAUAGCACUGAAGGUGAACGUGUGGAAUUUAUUUCAACUAUUUCAACUUCUGAAGCUCGGGGAGCUGUUGAAAAGUGGCUGAUACAAGUUGAAGAUAUCAUGUUGAAGAGUAUUCAUGAUGUUAUUACAAGAUCAAGACUAGCGUAUCCAGAAAGCAAAAGAAAGGAUUGGGUGAGAGAAUGGCCUGGCCAGGUAGUCCUGUGCGUCUCACAAAUGUUCUGGACAACUGAGGUUCAUGAAGCCAUAGCUAGUGGCCCAGAGGGUUUGCAGAAUUAUUACCAGGCUCUUCAGUAUCAGUUAAAUGAUAUUGUAGAGCUGGUAAGAGGGAAGUUGUCUAAACAAACAAGGACUACACUGGGUGCUUUGGUUACUAUUGAUGUGCACGCUAGAGAUGUCGUCAUGGAAAUGAUUGAAAGUGGUGUGUUGCAGGAGACAGAUUUUCAGUGGCUAGCCCAGUUGCGAUAUUACUGGGAGUAUGAGAAUGUGCGUGUCCGCAUCAUCAAUUGCAAUGUCAAAUAUGCUUAUGAAUAUCUUGGCAAUUCUCCUCGACUCGUCAUUACUCCUCUCACAGACAGAUGUUAUCGCACUCUGAUUGGAGCAUUUUAUUUAAAUCUUGGUGGUGCUCCAGAAGGUCCAGCUGGGACAGGUAAAACAGAGACCACCAAAGAUUUGGCUAAAGCUGUUGCAGUGCAAUGUGUUGUCUUCAACUGCUCUGAUGGCCUUGAUUAUCUAGCCAUGGGGAAGUUUUUUAAAGGUUUAGCUUCUUCAGGGGCUUGGGCCUGCUUUGAUGAAUUCAAUCGCAUUGAGCUGGAGGUGCUGUCUGUGGUAGCCCAGCAGAUUCUUUGCAUCCAGAGAGCUAUACAACAGAAGCUGGAGAUAUUUAAUUUUGAAGGAACUGAACUGAGGCUUAAUCCCAAUUGUUUUGUUGCUAUUACUAUGAAUCCAGGAUAUGCAGGUCGCUCUGAAUUGCCAGAUAAUCUGAAGGUUCUCUUCCGAACAGUGGCCAUGAUGGUUCCUAAUUAUGCCCUCAUUGCUGAAAUCUCUCUGUAUUCUUAUGGGUUUCUGAAUGCUAAGCCAUUGUCUGUGAAGAUAGUGAUGACCUACAGAUUGUGCUCAGAACAACUUUCGUCUCAGUUCCAUUAUGACUAUGGGAUGCGUGCAGUCAAAGCAGUGCUAAUAGCUGCUGGUAACUUAAAACUGAAAUUUCCAACAGAGAAUGAGGAUAUACUGCUCCUUCGAUCAAUCAAAGAUGUAAAUGAGCCUAAAUUUUUGUCUCAUGAUAUACCUCUAUUUAUGGGAAUUACAAGUGAUUUAUUUCCUGGCAUUAAGCUUCCUGAAGCUGACUACAGUGAUUUUCUGGAAUGUGCAAAUGAAUGUUGUAAAGAGCAUAACAUUCAGCCUGUUAAGGUUUUUCUAGAAAAGAUGAUACAGACCUAUGAAAUGAUGAUAGUUAGACAUGGGUUUAUGCUUGUAGGAGAGCCUUUUGCUGGGAAGACCAAAGUUUUGCACGUGUUAGCAAAUACACUUUCCCUAAUGAAUCAGCGUGAGUAUGGAGAAGAAGAAAAGGUAAUAUACAGAACUGUAAAUCCAAAAGCUAUUACAAUGGGGCAACUCUUUGGACGAUUUGAUCCAGUAUCUCAUGAGUGGACAGAUGGCGUAGUUGCCAAUACUUUUCGAGAAUUUGCUUUAACUGAAACAACUGACCGCAAAUGGGUUGUUUUUGACGGUCCAAUUGAUACUCUUUGGAUAGAAAGCAUGAACACUGUGUUGGAUGACAACAAAAAGCUAUGUUUGAUGAGUGGAGAAAUUAUUCAAAUGUCACCUCAGAUGAGCCUCAUCUUUGAAGCUAUGGAUCUGUCUCAGGCUUCACCAGCUACAGUCAGUCGAUGUGGAAUGAUUUACUUAGAGCCUUUACAGUUGGGCUGGAAGCCACUUGUUACUUCAUGGUUGAGGACACUUCCUGAAGCCCUGCAUGAAAAGGAAUACCAAGACCUUUUUGAAGACCUUUUUAAUUGGUUAAUACCACCUGCUUUGCGAGUUCGUCAGAAACAGUGCAAGGAGUUAGUUCCCAGCAGCAAUAGCAAUAAUGUGGUAUCUCUCACUCGGCUUCUGGAAAUACUGUUGUGUGACCCAGUGCAAAAAGAUCCCAGCAAUAAAAAUAUCCAUAAAUGGAUUAUGGGUUGUUUUGCUUUUGCUGUGAUUUGGUCCAUUGGAGCAACCUGUGAUAGUGAUGGUCGGAUUAUAUUUGAUAACUUUAUGAGAGAUAUUGUCAUAGGAAAGCUGGAUGAACAUCCACUGCCAGCAGCUAUGGGAAAAUGGGAGCAUCCAUUUGAAGAGAAAGGAUUGGUGUAUGAUUAUAUGUUUGAGUUAAAAGGAAAAGGCCGUUGGGCACAUUGGAAUGAAGCUGUUAAAACCAUCAAUUACAAUGAUAAAAAUAUUAAAAUUCAAGACAUUAUAGUCCCAACAAUGGACACAGUCAGAUAUACCUAUUUGAUGGAUUUGUGCAUUAAAUAUGGAAAGCCGCUGCUUUUUGUGGGACCAACAGGUACUGGGAAGUCUGUAUACGUAAAAGACAAGCUAAUGCACCACCUAGAAAAGGAUCUCUACUUCCCAUUCUUCGUUAACUUUUCAGCUCGAACCAGUGCCAAUCAGACCCAGAAUAUUAUCAUGGCCAGGUUGGACAAAAGGCGGAAAGGAAUAUUUGGGCCACCUGUAGGAAAGAAAUGUGUAAUCUUUGUGGAUGAUAUGAAUAUGCCUGCACUGGAGCAAUAUGGAGCUCAGCCUCCAAUUGAACUUUUAAGACAGUUUUUUGAUCAUGGAAUCUGGUAUGACUUAAAAGACACAAAUAAAAUUACACUAAUUGAUGUUCAGCUGAUGGCUGCCAUGGGUCCACCAGGUGGUGGAAGAAAUCCAGUAACUCCUCGUUUUCUGAGACAUUUCAAUAUUUGCACCAUUAAUACAUUUAGUGAUGAAACAAUGGUCCGGAUUUUUUCUACCGUUGUUUCCUUCUAUCUCAGAGUAAAUGAAUUUGUUCCAGAAUAUUUCACAAUUGGAAACCAGAUUGUCAGUGGCACUAUGGAGGUAUAUAAGAAAGCCAUGGCAAACCUGUUGCCAACACCAGCUAAAUCCCAUUAUACAUUCAAUUUGCGUGACUUUUCACGAGUUAUCCUAGGCUGUUUGCUUAUUAAGAAGGAUUCGGUUGUCAGCAAGCAUACAAUGAUUCGUCUCUUUGUACAUGAAGUAUUUCGAGUGUUUUAUGACCGGCUUGUGGAUGAUGCUGACAGGGCUUGGCUGUUUAGGCUCAUAAAAGAAAUUGUGAAAGAACAUUUCAAAGAAGCAUUUGAUUUAGUAUUUUCACACCUGAAACAAGGAAAUGCGCCUAUAACUGAAGAAGAUCUGAGAAAUCUGCUAUUUGGAGACUACAUGAAUCCUGACCUUGAAGGAGAUGAAAGAAUUUAUUUUGAAAUUCCAAAUAUACAAAUGUUCAGUGAUGUUGUAGAUCUGUGUUUGGAUGAAUAUAAUCAAACUCACAAAACAAGAAUGAAUCUAGUAAUUUUUAGGUAUGUACUGGAACAUUUAUCUCGUAUAUGUCGUGUGCUCAAGCAAUCUGGAGGUAAUGCUUUACUUGUUGGAAUGGGAGGAAGUGGGCGACAAUCCUUGACCCGUUUGGCUACAUCUAUGGCAAAAAUGAAUAUUUUCCAACCUGAAAUCUCCAAGAGCUAUGGAAUGAAUGAGUGGAGGGAAGACCUAAAGAUAAAUGGGGACUUCCAUUUAGACGGGAGGAACCGGCAGUGCUGCGCGGGGGAGCAAAAUACCGGUGCUGACCGAACUCUGAAUGCAACCUGCACGAGUGAUGAUCGAUGCGAGCAGCAAGAAAGAUCUACGGAGGAGGAAGAGCCCGGAUAA